GCGUAUUCUAGCGCCGAGUUUCGGACGGGUUUUUGAGUCCAUCUUUGUCCGUAGCUUCGUCCAGGGAUGGUAUGGGUUUAGGGUUUAAAGUUUUUAACGGUUGAAGUUGGGGAAAGAGUUGCAGAAGUAGAAAAUCUUUCCGUUCGCGACUAGAAAGAACCAGAUGGAGCUGCAGUCGGUGUGUUCAUGGCGUCGAUUGCAGAAGACCACAUUAUCAAAUCAUCACUUCCGCUUAUCUCAAAUGGUGUCUGCAACCUGCCCUGUUUGGCACAAGCCUUCCGGAAGCUAUAUCAAAUGGGGAGAUGGGAGCGUUCGAUUUGGUCAAGCCUCAAAAUCCCAUAUGAUUCUUGGCUUCAAAAGAAGAAUCAGCUGCGUUCACUCCACCAAUUCGAAUACAGGAGCUGUUUCCGGUACUUCAAAUUACGAAGAAAAUGCAAAAUUGAAGUCUUCGCGAAAGCGGAGUACUGGUUUGCCUGCUGUAGUGUUUCAUAGUCCGGAGGCAUUCCGUGGAAAACCAGGCUCUGUUUCAUUUCAUGGGUUAACAAAUUGUAUCCUCAUUUUUUUUGGAGGCCAUAUUCUAUAUUGGUGUGGCUGCAUUCCUGCUAGUAGCUGAUCAUGUUCAGGGGCCAUAUCUUGAGUUCAGUGUAAAAAGGUGGGGUCUCAUCACCGGGCUCAGAGGAUACCUAACUACUGCCUUCUUCACCAUGGGGUUCAAGGUCGUUGCACCACUAUUAGCUGUCUAUGUAACUUGGCCAAUGCUAGGCCUACCAGCAUUGGUUGCAGUGGCCCCUUUUUUGAUCGGCUGUGCUGUUCAAUUUGCAUUUGAGGUGCAGCUAAGCAAACGCAAUUCCUCUUGUUGGCCGUUGGUACCAAUUAUUUUUGAGGUUUAUAGACUGUAUCAAUUGACCAAAUCUGCUCACUUUAUUGAGAAAAUACUCUACUCCAUGAAGGACUUGGCUGUAACCCCAAAACUGAUGGAGAGAAGUGGUGCCUUGGUUGCUUUGUUGAUGACUUUCCAGGUUCUUGGUGUGGUUUGCCUCUGGUCAUUAAUGACAUUUCUUCUAAGGCUCUUCCCAUCUAGACCUGUUUCUGAGAAUUAUUGAUCUUUGUAAUAGUUAUUGUAUAUUCUCUAACCAUAUUGGACACCGAUCAUUUUUGCUCUUUCGGAGUUCAUUUAUAUUUUUUAUGA